AUGAUGAUCCCAAGCGUCAUCGCGCCCCCCGCCCUCUACCCGGGCAUCUACCGGCCAGCGGCCCCCGCCCUGCCCCUUCACCACAACUUGCCCGUCGCCGCCUUGCCGACCCACUCCAGCUUCCUCGUGGAAGACCUUCUGCGGAUAAGCCGACCCGCCACCUUCCUAAACCGGACACCUCCUACCGCCGCACCCGUGACCACCACGUUAUCGUUCUCUGAAGGGUGCUCGGACCGAGGGUCUCCCGCGAAUGCCGUGACGCGCGAUUCAUGCUCGCCUAAAACGUCGAGUAACAAGGACCCAACUUUCCUCAAGUUUGGAGUGAGCGCCAUCCUCGCGCCGUCGCCAAAGACACCACCUUCCCCCCCGACAGUCCACAUGCAUUCCAAGACCUUCCACGUCCCCUGCUUUGACGCAACUUUUCAGCCCAUGUUCAGGACGCCCUAUUUACACGCAGCUUCUUCUGCUGUGCCAAUCCCGGGAACCUUCUCGUGGCCGCUGGCCGCCCGAGGGAAGCCCCGCAGAGGGAUGCUCCGCAGAGCGGUCUUCUCCGACGUGCAGCGCAAAGCUUUGGAGAAGAUGUUCCAAAAGCAGAAGUACAUCAGCAAGCCAGACAGGAAGAAGCUAGCCUCCAAACUUGGCCUGAAAGAUUCACAGGUGAAGAUUUGGUUUCAGAACAGGCGGAUGAAGUGGAGGAAUUCAAAGGAGCGCGAGCUGCUCUCAUCUGGUGGCUGUCGCGAGCAGACGCUGCCCACCAAGGCCAACCCGCACCCCGACCUCAGCGACGUGGGCAAAAAGUCCGAAGACGAGGAGGACGAGGAAGAUGAAGCUUUCGGCCGGCAGACGACAGGCUCCUGCGGCGUCUCCUCUCCCUCACUCUCCAGCAAGCACUCAGACUUCUCAGAGUCAGACGACGAGGAGAUAAAUGUAUCGUAG